CGUUGCAAUAAUUUUUGUAAUCAAAUAAAAUCUGUUUUUUACGUAACCGUAGGGAAACGUGAGUGUCGCGUGAGAAGAAGUCAGCACGAACUGGCAUUCUGCCCUUGUGAAGGUCUCAUUAGUGAGAGCCUUUUUUUUAUACUUCUAUUAUGGGAUGCAUUGGAUUCCUUGCUGUCUAUUCACAACAAUUCAUUAGCAGUUUUUAAGGCCUUAAUUAAAGAAGCAAUCAAUUCUCUCGGUUUUUUUUGUUUUCGUGACAACUUUUCAAGCGAAGCUGGAGUGUCUGGAGGAAGACGGAUGGACUUUUCAUGCGCACAGCAAUCUUAUCCUCAGCAACAUUGAUGCUCUGUGUGUGCUGCUUGUGUCGUCCUAUCUGUGCAUUCCCUCUGGGAUGUGUUUAUUUUUUUAUUUUUCAGGGAGGUACAUAUAGAAACCGUUUCUAUUCUCAGUUAGUCUGAAUUGCUGAUUUUCUGGCAGUGUCAUCGUUGUACUGUUUCUUGAACUAGAGAUACAUGUGAGGAAUCGAGGAAGUGAAAAAGAGGACAACCAUUCCGCACGUUUGCUUACAGAAUGGUUUUGACACGGAGUGUAAGGGUGGGGUAGGUGGUGAGGCUUAUGAGAUCGGUCGUACGACCGCCUCUUUGGCACCAGACGUGAGACUCUUGGGGACGCGCAAGGAUCGAUAAACAGGAACAAUCUAAAAUCGAUAUCAUCUGUUCUUUUUUAGAGGCUGCACUGGUCCAAUAUUGUUUUUCCAUUUUCUCUCAACCACUCGCUUUCCAUCGUCGAAAGAUAGCAGGAGAGGAAUUAAAAAUUUCAACUGUUUGCAUUGCAAAUUUGCAAUUGAUCUGGCGGCUGUUUUUCAUUUGCUGUCGUGCCGCAGAUACGUUUGUGGUGAUCGCGAUUGCCGUGGUUAUAUAAAGAAAACGCACACAAGUGGCCACCGCGUUAGUCUUUCGGCUCUUUCAGUUGAUCCGGUGGUGCGUGUCACAUGUCAGCUUUAGCACAGGUCUCUCUCUUCCAUUUUUGUUAUGACUUGUUCAUGUUACGCCUAGUACCACCGCAAACCGAGAAAGACAGCAACUCACAUGUGAUCAACUUUUUUGCUGGUGAAUUGCUCUAUAGUUGAACAUGUCUGGAAAGGGGUAACCGAAUACCCUCCCAUCUUUCCAGCAGUGCAGACCCGCCUCCAAUACUGUAAAAGUGUCCUAAAAAAUAAUUUCUUUUGGGGAUUCGCUUUACAAACUUAAUAACUCCACCCCUCGUCGUACAUACCUUCAGGGAACUGUGAACCAACCAAGUAUUAUUCGAUUCCCUGAAGAUGACCCUGUUCUCCUCCUCCCAUCAUGUAGAUGACACACGAGAUGUAAAACAAAAAACAGGAAAACUAUUACGUGCGACAUUUUUACGUUGUGGAGUAAACAUUUUGGUUACGUCAUAAUAAGGGGAAUGAUGUUGCAAUCAAACCAAGGAGCUGUUUCCUCGGUAUAAUCAAGCAAAGUGACAAGAGACAGUGUCGGAAGAAACCUCGCUUGGCACCGCCCUUUUGUGUACUAUGUAACACGUGAUGUAUGUGUAAUGUGGAAGGGAGCGUCGUCUUCGGUCUAGAAAGAAAUGGAAAAGAAAAGACUAUCGGAUCGCGCGCGCAAGGGCACAACCCCCAAACACACACACACAGCUUCCUACGGGAGCAGAAGGACUCGCUCUCUUCAGACACUUAAACAUACACAUCCAGCAGGUCUUCUUUUUCAGUCGAAUCUGCUGGUGGAUGCCGGUCGGACCUCCCAACAUUCUUCCUAGCGUCACAUAAUUCGCCACUCGUUUCGACUUGUCACGCUGAACGUUCAAAAAGUGCGCUCUUGAUUGACUGUGUCGUCGCUGUUGUUGUUUUCUUGUCGCACGUGGGACAAAAUCGAGUCAAAAAUUUCUGAAAUCGUUGGAAAAUAGAGAACAGCGCAGUUUUAUUUUUAUUAAUAAUGGCGGUUCAAGUGGGCUUCAACAGCGCAUUGUCUGGCUUCAUCCAGGACUUAUUGAACGUCUAAAAAAAGAAGAGAUUAUUUUUGUUGGCUCUUCAUUAGAUUUUCUCGGCGUCGCUUCGGAAGCCAAAUCUCAGCAACAGAUCCCCUACUACUCCAUUGUGUUCAGCUGCUUGUGGUGGGCGGAAGUAAUCGGCUAAAAUGUACGGGCUUCUGUUGGAAAGUCUGGCUUGUUACAUCAAAGAAAAUUACGGUGAAGAGAAAUGGGAGGAGAUUCGACGAGCUGCAGCCGUCGAACAGACCUCUUUUUCCACUCAUCAAGUCUACCCUGAGAAUUUGAUUCCGAGAUUGUCGGCAAAAGCCAUCGAGUUGCUCCAGGUGCCCGAACAUGAAUUCAUGGCUCUUAUGGGAGAAUACUUUGUGGACUUUGUCGGGCAAUACGGCUACGAUCGAGUGCUUUCCGUCCUCGGCCGUCACAUGCGGGAUUUCCUGAAUGGAUUAGACAAUUUGCACGAGUAUUUGAAGUUCUCUUACCCGAGAAUGAGAGCGCCUUCCUUCUUCUGUGAGAACGAGACAAGUACUGGACUGACACUUCACUACCGGUCAAAGAGACGCGGUUUUGUUCACUACACAAUGGGCCAAAUCAAACAGGUUGGCAAGGAAAUCUACAAAUUGGACGAUGUGGAUAUCACCAUCAUCAAGGAAGAAAUGUCGUUCGACAUGCAUGUAGUGACGUUCAAUCUCAAGUUCGACAACCGAGCCUUUUCCACACUGACGGCCCUGGAUCGCGAGGAUCAAUGCUUGCCCCUCAAAGCAUCCAUCUUUAUCGACAUCUUUCCGUUCUGCAUCCUUUUCGGAUCCGACAUGAUCAUUAAAAACAUCGGGAAUUCGUUGGCCCACAUUCUACCCGAAUUAAUCGGUCAGGAUAUUUCCGAAGUCUUCGACCUAACCCGCCCCCUCGUCGACUUCAAAUUCUCAUCGAUAUUGAAACGAACCAACAACAUUUUCGAGCUUGUGUCUCACAAGUCGUUGGUAAUCGGUGGUUCCAACGAAAUAGGAGACACCGACUCCGAGGACAGCAGUAGAAAAAUCCAUUUAAAAGGACAAAUGCUCUACAUGGAAGAAUGGAAGAUGAUCGUCUUUCUAGGCACGCCGCAGAUGAAUGAUCUCGACGCCAUGAUCCGGGUUGGACUCUUUAUCAACGAUUUAUCCAUGCACGAUUUUUCCAGGGAUUUGAUGAUGGCCGGUACGCAGCAGUCGGUCGAAUUGAAAUUGGCACUUGACCAAGAACAGCAGAAAUCCAAGAAACUGGAAGAGUCCAUGAAAAAACUCGACGAAGAAAUGAAGCGCACCGACGAGCUCCUUUAUCAAAUGAUACCCAAGCUCGUGGCUGAUCGGCUUCGCAAAGGAGAAAAUCCCGUUGAUACGUGCCAGGUCUUUGAAUGUGUAACGAUCCUGUUCAGCGACGUGGUGACAUUUACAGAAAUCUGUAGCCGAAUCAGUCCGAUGGAAGUCGUCUCGAUGCUCAACUCCAUGUACUCCAUCUUUGAUCGACUCACCGAGCUCAAUGGCGUCUACAAGGUGGAGACCAUUGGUGAUGCUUACAUGGCCGUAGGAGGUGCCCCCGUCAAAGAUGUCCUUCAUGCUGCCCGCACGUGUGAUAUGGCAAUGGACAUGGUUGAUGCUAUUCAAGAUUUGACUGAUCCGUCUACAGGGCAACAUCUGAGGAUCAGAGUCGGCGUUCACUCGGGUGCUGUUGUAGCGGGCGUCGUUGGACUCAAAAUGCCGCGCUACUGCCUCUUCGGUGACUCUGUCAAUACGGCCUCGAGAAUGGAGUCGACGAGCGAGCCGAUGAAAAUCCACAUUUCGCAGACGACCUACGAACUGCUCGGGCCCGACUAUUUAACUGCAGAUCGUGGCGAGAUUGUCGUCAAAGGGAAAGGUCAGAUGAAGACGUACUGGUUGACGGGGAAGAAAGGCCGGUGCGCAUCGGACAGAUCCGGUAGAAUUUCCGCUGUUCCGGAAGAAUUGCUGGCGGAAGGCAGAGCGGGAUCAUCUACGAUUCGGAGAUACAGUCCCGUCACCAUGGACGAUGUCACCAUGGCUCGCAAAGGUGCGGUUACGAGCGGUAUGAGCAACCGGAAUAUUAGUCCGGUUUCGUUGGUUACUUCAGGAGGCGGAAGUACAAAUGAACUGAUUCCACACCAGAAUCGACGUAGUCUCAAAGAAAUGGAGAAGGCUUUACAAACGACACUCCAUUCGUCGUCGGCCAAGAACAAGUUGUACGAAAAUGUAGUUCGAAGUAUCACCCCGAGUGGCAGCAGUCAUACGACGAUGCCAACGACCCCAUCGCCUUUGACUUUAUCGUCCAAGCCGGCGGCCAAAAAGUUCGAUCUAAAAUUCAUCUGCCCUCAUGCAGGCAAGGCUUUAGCGUCGAAGAAAUCGCCCAGCGGAGGAGGAAUGAGCAGUCCCAAGACGCCGUCGACGCCACCAGCCUCUUCGUUCCCGCUAGUUUCCAACUUAAACUGUGCCCCACCAGACAUAACCGUCGGCCACAAUGGCAUAAAAAAGGAUUCGACAGCUGGUCUCCUCACACCCAAAACUCGCUCAGAUGGUUUCAUGGGCUUGUCAUUCAACUUGCCCGGUGAUCCGGCAAUCGACGGCGGAACUCACGACGGAAGUACCGCGGCGACGGCUGCGGCCGUUUCAGCUGCUGCCACCGCCAUGGCUUCUGGUCUAGGCAACGAAUUUUGCUGUCCAACUUUUGGAGUUCGGCCUCCAAGACUUACUGUGACCGUUACGUCUGCUAACGGGGACCCUAGGAGUGCGACGUGCUCUAUCCUGUGAGCUUCUGUUAACGUUAAUUCAAUUGGAGGGAAAGGCAAGUUUUAACGGGGUAUUAUAGAGAAACAAACAAGCCAUCCAAUCAGUCAAAGUAGAAGUAAAAAGGAAACAAGGUACACUCACUUGGCAUCCAAUCCACGAACGCUUAUCGAUUCCUUGACGUCUACACAUUCCAUCAAUCUGUCGAUCCUACGCAGCUAACUGAACGUCAAACUAGAGAAAAAAAAAGGCUAUCCUAACCGAAAGAUUGAGUUAUUUUGCAAUAUGUCAGUGCGCGCGUAGUUGUUCAGACUUUGAGAUGAUGGAGUGAUCAAUAUGGUGUCGUUCCUAAUGACAAAAUGCCCGUCCCAAGUAUCAUUGUUUUCUGGUCCCCUUGAACCCCCCCUCAAAGAGAGAGAAAACCGAGCAACGUAAAAUUUUUACAGAAAAUUAUAUUUGGUCAAUUUCUUAUACUUGUAUGAUCUUUUCAAUGUGACAUGUAUUUCUUCUUGCUCUUUCAAUUCAUCACUUUGCUUUCUAGUCUGAUUAUGUAUAAUGUAUCUCUUUUAAGAGGAUCAUAUCAUCAUGUUGCUGCGGUUUAUUUGAAAUUGUUUUAUACGAACAAAAAUAACGCAGGGAAGGAGCAGGCGAUUGCUUUCAUCGGUUUGUCUAUUUAAAUUAAUUUAUAUAUAUUGAUGAUUUCUUUCUCGAAAAAUUUGUCUUACUUUCUCUUAACGAAAUGGAAAACCGUCUUGAGAACAUAUAUACAUCGCAUCGCUUUGUUUUAAAAAAUCAAGACAGUUUUGGAGUGGUUCAUCGAGCACAACCACUAUUAUGUUGUCAUCGCGCCAACCCUAGUCAGUAACAUGCAGCCCCUCGCUCUCCCUGCCCUACCACGCAGCAGAUCAAUACAAUCAAUGACGUACACACCCACGAAAGUCUUUUCAAUCUUUCUCUGCUUUUUCUAGCUUCGAUCUUUGCUAGCUGUGUGUAGAUAUAUAGAAAUGUAUACAAAAAAUAAAAAGGUAUUUUUCCCGG